GUCAUUGUUAUCGUUGCUGUCGUCGUGCUUCGUGAUGCGGAAGAAGAACACCGGAGUCGCGAUUCCCGAAAUUGAAUGGACAGCUGAUGUGAUCUGGCAAUUGCUAACCCAAAUAGAGUUGUCAGAAAACAGAGUCGUGCUGCUGGGGAAGCGCAAGAAGGGCGAGAGAACAUCGGGCGACAGCAAAGUCACCAUUUACCAGCGCAUGGGGGCCGCGAUAUUCCCACAGUUACAUAGCUUGAAUGCUGUUGCAGUUGGAGAACGUGUCAAACGGAAAUAUGAGCACCUGACAAAGGAAUACAAAGAGCUGGCUCGCUGGCUUUGGACAACAGGUGAAGGCAUCCAAGCUGAUACAGAUGGCAAUCUGUCCGAUGGUGACAAUGAAUAUUUCAAGUGUUAUGUUCCUGCUUCUGGACCAAACGAGACAACUACUUCGAGGGCACAGUCCAUUUGG